AUAUCAAGAAGUGGAGACUUUCAGAUAUAGAGCCAUCUCAGACACAUGGCUGACAGUAAACCGAAUGGAACAGUAUCGGACUGAAUACAGAGGAGCUCUACUUUGGAUGAAAGAUGUGUCUCAGGAGCUGGAUCCAGAUCUUUAUAAGCAGAUGGAAAAGUUCAGGAAGGUUCAAGCUCAAGUGCGACAUGCAAAACUCAACUUUGACAAACUCAAGACUGAUGUCUGUCAAAAAGUGGAUCUUUUGGGAGCGAGCAGAUGCAACCUCCUUUCUCAUGUGUUAACAACAUAUCAGACAACACUUCUUCAUUUUUGGGAAAAAACUUCGCACACGAUGGCAGCCAUCCAUGAAAGUUUCAAAGGUUAUCAGCCAUAUGAAUUCACUAUGUUAAAGAGCUUACAAGAUCCUGUGAAUAAACUAACAGAAAAAGCAGAAAAGGAGGAUCUGCAGAUUGAGAGCACCAAAUCAAUACAAGAUCAGCAGAGUCAGUUGAUUUCAUUAGAUGAGGAGAGCCAUACCAAGGAAUCAAACUAUUCAGGUGCCAUAGAUGACCUGUUAGACCUGCAGCCUGAAGAAAAUGGUAUGAAACAUUUGUGCACGCCUGUUUCAUCUGCUUUUCAAUUACAGGCACCAAGUAUAAUUUUAAUCUUAGAUCUUAAUUGUUUUCAUAAUCUGAAAGGUUGAAUGAAGUUAUUCAGUUGCAGUAUUUAAACAGUGUUAAAGGAAACUCAACUUCAUAUACAUGCAGAGGCACUGUUCCUGAUGUUAUAAUGUGAAGUAAACCUUACUGGGGAUAAAAUGCAUUGUAACAGGUGAUUCAAGG